UUCCCAUUUUUAGAUUGUAAUAAUAAAAACCAAAUCUCUACAGCCCUCAUCAACCCAACAUAUAUGAACACCAAAUCUCAACACCAGAAAACCCCCACCCCCACCACCAUCACCAUCACUUCUCCACCCUAAAACCACCCCCCUCCUCACUUUCCCACCCCAAUUUUCCCAAGAAAAUUAAGACAAGCUAUACAUAUAGAGAGAGAGAAACCAAAAGCACAUAGAUUUGUAGAGAGAGAGAGAGAGAGAGAGAGAGAGAAGGAGAGGGGGACGGAAGAAAAGGAUGCGAUCCUCCUCCUGGUGGUGGAGGCGGGGAUUGUCAUCUUCCAAUGCUGCUACUGCUUCGAAUUCACAAUCCCCAGUGGAAGAAGGUCGUUAAUGGCCUUGCAAAUGACCUGGCAGCCGAGCCUCCUCCACCACAAACGCAAGAAUGGUCCUCCUCUAGGGUUAAAAAAUAUCGGCAACUCCUGCUAUCUCAACAGCGUCCUUCAGUGCCUCACCUACACUCCUCCUCUCGCCAAUUUCUGCCUCAAAUUCCUCCACUCCUCCUCCUGUGAUUCGGGGGAGCAGGAGAGAAAGCGGGAGUGUCCGUUUUGUAUAUUGGAGAAGCGAAUUGCGAGGUCUUUGAAGGUUGAUCUAACCCUAGAUACGCCUUCCAAGAUGAACAAUUGUUUGAGAGUUUUCGCUGAUCACUUCCGUUGCGGUCGCCAAGAGGACGCUCAUGAGUUUCUUCGGUAUGUGAUUGAUGCUUGCCAUAACGCUUGUCUUCGCCUCAAGAAGUUGCAGCAGCAGCAGCAGCGCCGCAAAGGCGGUGCUAAUGAAGGGUUCAAUGGUAGUACGGUGGUUAUGGAGAUUUUCGGGGGUGCGCUGCAGAGUCAGGUGAAGUGUCUAUCUUGUGGUGCCGAGUCGAACAAGGUCGAUGAGAUCAUGGAUAUCAAUCUUGAUGUUUCGCAUAGCAGUUCUCUCAAAGAAUCUUUGCAGAAGUUUUUUCAGGCUGAGGUUUUGGAUGGAAAUAAUAAAUACAAGUGUGAGAAUUGCAAGAAAUUGGUGUCUGCAAGGAAGCAAAUGUCUUUACUUCAAGCACCUAAUGUCCUUGUGAUCCAACUCAAGAGAUUUGAGGGCAUGUAUGGCGGGAAGAUUGACAAGGCGAUUGCAUUUGAGGAAGUUCUAGUGCUUUCGAGCUACAUGUGUAAAGCAAACCAGGAUCCACAUCCAGAGUAUAACCUAUUUGGUACCAUUGUGCAUUCAGGCUUCUCGCCAGAUUCUGGACACUAUUAUGCAUACAUCAAGGAUGCGAUGGGCCGUUGGUAUUGCUGUAAUGAUUCUUACAUUAAACUUUCAAAUCUGCAAGAAGUUUUGUCAGAGAGGGUUUACAUCCUUUUCUUUUCUCGUACAAAACAAAGGCCAGUACCUACCAACACUGCAUUGGCUUCGAACGGUGUGAAAUCUCAAGAGUGCAAUGGUAGUGAUGCAUCUAAAAGCCAAAAGGUAGCUCAUUCAACAAAAGCAGUGUCUACGAAACAAACUGUUGAUCAUUCUUUUGUACAGGAUAAUUUGACCAGAUCUAAGGUUAAUAAAGCGCUUUCUGGUCCACAGGACAACUUGAGUGGUUUUGGAAAUUCUGCUACUAAAAAGUUUCCCGCAACGGUUAAUGGAAAAAUUGUUAAUA